AUGCGCCUACUCUCAUCCUUUGUGGUCCUUGCCCUUGGACUGUUGGCUUCUGCCGACUCGCUCCUGUCGCCUUACCGCGUUCACGAGAGACGUGCGCACAUUCCUGCUGGAUGGUCAUACAGCCGAAAACGCGACAAUGCAGCUGUCAUUCCUCUGCGGUUUGCUCUGAAGCAGAGUGACAUCGACGCAAUUGGUGACUACUUAAUGGAAGUCUCUGAUCCGGAGUCUGUGGGAUAUGGCAAACAUUGGACCGCCGGAGAAGUAUUCAGAAAGUUUUCGCCUAGCGUUGAAAGCAUUGGAGCCGUCCGUGCCUGGCUUGAAGAGAAUGGUUUUGAUUCCUCCCGUGCCAAGCUCACUCGCAACAGAGGCUGGAUCGAAGUCCAAGCCACUGUAGAAGAAGCUGAGCGUCUCUUGCAGACUGAGUACCAUGUGUACAGUCACGAAACCGGCCAAGAGCAUGUUGCGUGUGAUUCAUACCACUUGCCUGAGCAUGUCCAGCCUCAUGUCGACUUCGUGACCCCUACCGUACAUUUUGACGCCAAGAUCUCGAAGCGCUCCGGCUCCACCUCCCCCGAUGGGACCGGGCGCACUAUUGGACAGCCAGGACAUGGCGUUUACCCGAAAACCACCGGAGAGAUCCAGAGUCUCUUGAAUCAACUGGAGGCUUGCGAUCAACAAAUCACCCCAAUUUGCUUGAGGGCUCUGUAUGGAUUGGUUUACGAGCCUCUGGCAGCCGACAAGAACAGCUAUGGUAUCGUGGAGUACACCCCCCAGGCCUACCUGCAAAGCGACUUGGAUAUGUUUCAUAGCAAUUUCUCCGACGGCCUUGUUGGUGUUGCGCCUAACAUGGUGUCAAUAGAUGGAGGCUAUGCACAAACCGAAUACACCGGCUUCGAGUACAACGGUGAAUCUGAUCUCGACCUUGAGUACGGAAUGAACCUCGUCACCGCUAAGCAGCCAGUCACCUUAUAUCAAGCUGGAGACAUGGUAGAGGGUGCUUCUUUUAACAACUUCCUCGACGCAAUCGAUGGCACGUACUGCACCUAUGAUGGUGGAGACGAUCCAACUCAAGACGCCGUUUAUCCUGACCCAUACGGCGGAGGCUACAUGGGCCCUGAAGAUUGCGGCACUGCAAAACCUACUAAUGUUAUCUCGACCUCUUAUGCGUACAACGAAGCUGAUCUGACGCCUUUCUAUACUGCCCGCCAAUGCGCAGAGUAUGCUAAACUUGGCUUGAUGGGUGUUACUGUCCUUUACAGCUCUGGUGACUAUGGAGUUGCUGGAAACGGUGGCUACUGUCUGACGCCUAACGGAACUUAUUCCCUGGAUGGCAUGAUCUUUAACCCCAGUUUCCCGGGAACUUGUCCCUAUAUCACUUCUGUUGGUGCUACUCAGGUCAACCCCAAUUCGACGGUCUACGAGCCAGAAGGGGCAUGUGAACAAGUCAUCUACUCUGGAGGUGGUUUCAGCAACUACUUCGCGAUGCCUGAUUACCAGAAGUCAGCGGUCGAGUACUAUCUGACAAACUACUACCCUCAGUAUCCUCCUAAUAUCUGGAACGCCUCAGGAACAUCCCGUGCCUUCCCCGACAUUGCUGCCAACGGAGCUAACUACGUUGUUGCUAUUGAUGGUGCAUUUUAUUUGGUUUAUGGAACGUCCUGCUCUUCCCCAGUCAGUGGAGCCAUCUUGACAAUGGUCAAUGAUGCUCGCCUAGCAGUUGGAAAGAGCCCGAUUGGAUUCAUCAACCCAACUAUUUACUCGGCUGACUUUGCUGGUGCUUUCAACGAUAUCACCAUGGGCGGAAACCAAGGAUGUGGCACUGCUGGAUACACUGCCGUUCCUGGCUGGGACCCAGUCACUGGAUUGGGGACUCCCAAUUUCCCGAAGCUUCUUGCGAGGUGGUUACUCCUUCCGUAG